AAUUCAGAGCGUUGUCAGAUUGUCCGUUCGUAAAUUCAGAGCGGACAAUGUCCUCUGGCACUCCAGAGUAAAUUUACGAACGCACCCUAUAAUCGUGACGUGUAGUUCUGUGGAUCAUCCACAUUAUUCUGAACGUAGAACAGGUCAAGAGGGGUUUCCCUAAUUACUACAGUCACAAAGUCACAAUUGGCUAUCGUAAAAAUGAUAUGGUGAGUCAUAAGGUUAGCAGUGUAUUUAAGGGUUAAGUUUUAAAUUGUAUUUGAAGAAGAUAAAUUGUAGAUAUAGGCGGGGUUUAUGGCUUAGUGGCUGUGGUAACUAGUGACAACAUUCAUCCAUUCUGAAACUGAUGAGGCGAUUAGCCUAGAUUUAGUUUUACUACGUGUCAGUUCGGUGGUGAUCAAUACUUGACAAUGGCUGGGGAAAUGUCUAUGAUCGGAUCGGUCAUUCUGGCUUUAUUUCUGGCUGGCUAUCUGGGCCAGCAGUAUCUGCCUCCACCGAAACCCAAAGUGAUCGGCCUAGAUCUGGGGACCACUUUCUGCUCCGUAGGAGUAUUCCACCCGGGUACCGGGGAUGUGGAGGUGAUAGGGGAUGAGGAGGGGCGGAAGAGCAUCCCUAGUGCGGUGUCGUUCACAUCUACCGAAGUCCUCGCCGGUCACGAGGGUCAGGAUCUGGCCGACAGCAAUCCUGAAAACACCAUCUAUGAUGCCAAGCGGUUUAUUGGAAAAAUAUUCGAACAAGAGCUCCUUGAGCAGGAAAGUGCUCGUUAUCCAUUCAAGGUGAUAAACAACAAUGGCAGUGCAGAGUUCUUUGUCACCACCAAUCAGACGUUCACAGUUACUCCCGAGUUCAUUGGUUCUCGGCUGCUGCUGAAGAUGAGGAAGAUGGCGGAGCGUCACCUGGGUGUCCACAUUCAGAGGGCUGUUAUCUCUGUCCCUGCUGAGUUUGAUGAGAGACAGAGGAACUACACCAUCAGGGCUGCCAACCUGGCCGGACUGGACAUCCUGCGUGUGAUCAACGAGCCCACAGCUGCAGCGAUGGCGUAUGGGUUACACAAGGUGGACGUGUUCAACGUGCUGGUGGUAGACCUGGGAGGAGGAACACUGGACGUCUCUCUGCUCAACAAACAGGGGGGCAUGUUCCUCACCAGAGCCAUGUCAGGUAACAACAAGCUGGGGGGGCAGGACUUCAGCCAGAGGCUGCUCCAGUACACCAUGGAGAGGGUCCGCCAGCAGUACGGCGUUCCCCCCACCCUCAAAGAGGACAUCCACCAUCUCCGCCAGGCUGUGGAGGCAGCCAAGCUCAACCUCACCCUGCAGCCCAGCGCCGACCUCAGGGUACCCCUGCACCUGGAGCCCCAAGGAGACCCCAAGCAACCACCACAGGGGCCCACCAAGGACCCAAUCCCAGUCAUCUUCCAAGCAGUCAUCACCCGUGAGCUGUUUGAAGAGUUGAAUGCCGACCUCUUCCAGAAGAUUCUGGCGCCUGUAGAGACAGUGCUGGCCGAGGGCCACCUGGGGAAGGAGGAGGUGGAUGAGAUAGUUCUGGUGGGAGGCUCCACCCGCAUCCCUAGGAUCAGGAAGCUGAUCAGUGAGUACUUUGGGAAGGAGCCCAACACCUCAGUGGACCCAGACUUGGCAGUGGUGACUGGGGUGGCCAUCCAGGCUGGCAUUAUGGGCGGCUCCUGGCCUCUACAGGUCAGCGCUAUAGAGAUUCCCAACAGACACCUCCGCAAGACCAUCUUCAAUUGAUCUAGUCGAGAGGUAGCAAGGGACUUAAGGAUGCCACCAGACAGAUACUUGCCAUAUUAAAGGAUGGUUAAUUGUGCUUCUCCAUCUUCACAAGGUGUGCAAUAGUAUUAUGAGGUUAAAAUAUGUUCUCACAGAGAAACUCAAAUUACACCAUCACUUUUUUACUGUCAACCCAACUUAUUAGACCAACUGUAGUAGAUUGAAAAUUGUGUUCAACUCAGGGAACAACCUUUAUUUCUAGAGAACUGUGACCAGCCAAGACACCUUCAGCUAUUUAUUUAUUUAUAGUGUUUGUAUUGUGAGUGGGGGGGGGUACUGUACAUGGUGUUAUGUUUUUCAGUAGAUGACAACGUGCUUGUGCCUUUUCAGAGAGCUGCACUAUUAGGCUUUGUGCUUUUAAGUCACCUGAUAUGAAGAACCACCAGUCCUAUUGACGAAGGCAUAAUGCUAUUAGUUUAGGACCAAAUAUUUUUGCACACAUCGUUACUAGCUUUACAUUCAAACAAUAGCCUAUGCUCAGCUUUGUAUGGGUUAACAGAUGUUCUAAAUAAGGGACUUGCUCAUCAUUCUGGUGCAAUUGAAUUAAGAAUCACUGGCUGACUUACACAUAUAGAAAUACUACAAGUGUAAGUGCCAUAAACACAAGACUAGGCUUAUGGUGCCUGUUUGAAGUAUUACCGUGUCUCACAAGACUGCAGGUGGACAGUAAUGGUUGAGGCUGUUACAGCCCCUGGAAUUAGAGAACAUGUUUGUUGACAUUCUCAUGUAUAGAAUGUACAUUCCAUAAUACUAGUCAAGACUGAUACAGUGGACACAUUUAAAUAAUAUACCUUUUAGAGGUUUGUUCAACAAGGUAAACAGUUUGCAUGCAUAUCUUGUUGAACGUGCCUCAGAUACUGCACAGUUCUCUAGCGAUAUGCUAUAGGAAUUUAUCUGGACCAUUCCAUUUCAACGGAGUAUGUAGAUGAAGAUAUUUUUGUACUGCAAGUUUUGCUUCUUCAAAUCACCCCCCCAAAUGGCUCCCUUAUAUCUGCUUGUACUACAUGCUGCUUUAAAUAAAUCCUGAAUUACAUAAAUACCAUUGAAUUUUCUUUCUAUGAGGGAUUUUCUAGAGCAGCGAACAAAAUUAAAGCCAGCUUUAAUAUACAUACAAAUCCAUUUAAACACAGUUCAGGACCAAACAGAGAUUGCCAUUUCUGUAAGAGAAAAUAGCAACAUAGAUGCAUCUUGCUGUCUGCAUUCCAUGAUUCUGACUUUCUAGUACAGGUGGAAGAAAAAAAUAAAAGGACAUUUGUGAUAAUGUUCCCAGCACAUAUCAACUGAAAAUCGUGAAAAUUCCAUUUACCAUUGUCACUCACUAGCUUCUUCAGCAAUGUGGUAACAUCUUGCCGCGUAACUGUACAAUUGAUGGAAAAACAUCAGUAUGUUAGAGAUCCACGUUGGUUACUUACUGGCAUGGGCUACUGCAUAGAACAUACAGUACAUUCAGAAAGUAUUCAUGUUCCACAUUUUGUAUAACAGCCGGAAUUCAAAAUGGAUUUGUUUCUUCACACACUACCCAUGACAAAGUGAACGUUUUAGAAAUGUUUGCAAAUGUAUUGAAAAUACCUAAGUGUUCACCCCCGAGUCAAUACUUGUUAGAAUCACCUUUGGUAGCAAGAUUAGUCUUUCUGGGUAAGUGUAAGAGCUUUGCACACUUGGAUUGAGUCUAUGCAACAUAUGUGACUUUUUACUCCUGAACUUAUUUAGGCUUGCCAUAUCAAAGGGGU